AUGUGUUCCCCCAAUGGUGUGGACUGGCAUGACCCAGGAUAUAAAUCCCGAGAGCCCAAGAAAUAUCUUCGGGAAGGGGCCCUGUCGGCCCUGCGUGCCAGAAAAUCCCUCCACGAAGUUUCAGCCCUCAAAAGGGAUGAAACAAACUUCCCCUUGCAUUUUACCUCCGAAAAUAAACUCUGAUGUCCACGAGAUUCAUAAAAAAUUCAAGAAUAUCACUGGGAAAAUCGAAAUCUACUAUUUUGAUCACGGUAAUGCAUCGUAGAUACUAUCGAACAACCGAUGCAAUUCCCCUCCUGACGACGGAAAAAUUUGCGGACAAGACAGAUCAAGCAGCGACAAGAUUCUGGGCAGAAUUUUUUGGCACAAUAAACAUAGGAAUAACGUUCAUAACAGCAUUCCUCCUCCAACUGCUUCGCUUUAUUCUGUACAGUCUGAUAAGGCCUCUAACGAUUGGAAUAAUUCAAUUGCUAUCCGACUAUUUCAUCAAGCCCCUGUUGACGAUAAUAUUUAAUGCACUGAUUCAACCAGUAUUGAUAUUACUCUACAACAUUGCAACAUCUUUGCGAGACCUUUGCGAACCAAUCGCCGAGGCAAUAGGUUUUUUCAUUCGUGAAUUGUCACGACUUUUUCAAGCAAUAAGACUGAUCGAGAUCAACCGAAACGUCACAAAUGGAAAUAUUCCCACUUGAUAAACAACGAUUAACAACAACAUGAGAACAUUUCAACGCCAGGUAUAUAUUUAUUACUAUUCAAUUUAUGUUUACAAUAUUAUUAUUGUUUUUAAUGUUUUUUUUUUCAUUUACCUUUUCUCUCCAUUAAAUUUUUUUACAGAACAAUUAUUUUAUUACAGCAGUUUCAACGUUUUUAUCCCUUUGUUUUAUUGAUUCAUUUCACUCUUCCUCUGCAUUUUUCACUAUUUUUGUUCAAUAAAUUAUGUACAAUCUCACAAACAGCAAACGCAGAAAAAAAAUUGACUAAUUUACAUAAUUGUAUUUGUCUGCUCUUUCUCUCUCUUUCUCUCGCCUCGUUUGCACUAUUUACAGAUACUACAUACUCUCAACAUCAUUCGAAUAUUCAUGAUUUUUCCAUAAAUUUUUGUUUCUCCUCGUAAUUCCAACAUGCAUUUUCGUAUCACUCGUGUUCUUUCUCAAAUGAAUUAUCACUGUCGUUCAAGUAUUCAUGCCAUUUCUCUCUAUUUCUCGUGACGCAUCAUAUUAUUCAUAAGCUAAAUCCGAAAAAAAAUGUAAUAAAAACUUUUUUUUAAUAUUGAGAACAACGAAUAGUAGGGGGCUUCCACCUACAUCGUUUAACCCUAGGCUCAGGAACUGCAACCUCGGUUAUUCAUCAACUUUUAAUUAAAAUUCUAUAAACGGAUUUAUUUUCUACGUGGCUGCACUUGGUGGAUCUUGAAUUGAUGUUGUAGUUGAUGUACCCGAUGUGGAGUCACCU